CACCCUGCAUCCCCUUCCAUUUCUCAUUCCCUUGAGAGCCCACUGCGCUUACAUUAACACAGUUACUAGAGGCUUGGUGGGAAAUAGCUUCUUCAAAUAGAGCAAACGUUCACGCAUCUCUGUUAGUAUUGCGUAUCGAAGGAUUCUAGAUGGCGGAGAGUUUAGAUGACGGCAUGUUUUGGCUCCCUCCUCAGUUUCUCGCCGAUGAUGUAGUUGUGGGGAAGAACAGCAAGAAAAACGGUUAUGAUGGGUUGGGUUUGGAGAGUGACUAUAACAAGUCUCUCUUUCCGGUUGAGUUCCCAUAUGGGUUCGGGUCAUUUCCGUUCUCUUCGGAUCUCAGCUCUCCUGUGGAGUCUGUUGUGGGGUCCACAGGGACCGAGAGCGACGAAGAGGAUUAUCUAUCUGGGUUGACCCGCCAAAUGGCCCGCGCAACUCUGGAAUACGAUUUCAAGCGAAACGACUUUACUUGUGGCCCCGAAAUCACCAAGGAUCGGGUUGUUUUCGGGUCACCUCAAUCAACGCUUUGUGCUGUUGGGAGUGGGUGCAGAUGCAGACAGGGUUCAAGCGGUGAGAGCCCUAAAGACUUCUCACGAGCUUCCUCGACACCAACAUGGGAUCUCUUAUAUGCAGCCGCAGGGGAAGUUGCGAGGAUGGAAAUGAAAGAAAAAGCCUACGGGUCCAAUAAUGGCAGAGGACUCUUGGGUCCUCCGAGGAAACCCUCUCCAGUCGCUAUCCCCUUAAAACAUUCAAAUCCUGAUGGGUAUUAUGCUAACCCGUCGCUUACUCAACAGAAAUUGCAAGAAUACCAAUUUCAGAAGCUGAAACAACAACUGAUGUUGAAGCAUCAGAGUUCCCAGCUUUGGGGAAAGGGAACUGGACAGUACCAGGCUCAGGCGCAUCCUCCAGUUCUUACCGGUGCGAGAAGUAAUGGUGUUGGAACUUUGGAUUUGUCGCCAUCUGCUUGGCCGCCUCUUCAACAAGCCCUGCAACAGCCCCGUCAAGUCGGGUCUGAUAUGCGGGCCUUAUUUCUUGGAAGUACCGGGACCAAAAGGGAAUGUGCAGGAACUGGUGUCUUUUUGCCUCGUCAAGCUGGGACCCGACCCGAAACCCGCAAGAAGCCAGCAUGCUCCACUGUUCUAGUCCCAGCUAGAGUUGUUCAAGCCCUGAAGUUGAACCUGGAUGAAAUGGGUGGUGGUUCUCGGUCGCAGUAUCAGAAUCGUUUUAAUGGAAGUUUUGGCACAGAUAGUGAUGCUUCUGCUGCUUUGAGGCUUCGAAGCAACUACAAUGGCAUGUCACAGCAACGCAACAUCAGGUCUCAGCCAGGAAUGAACCAUGAGAUCCGGUUACCUCAGGAGUGGAGCUAUUAAGUUUCUUUGUUUUCUCUUCUUGGUGGAAGUUUUUAGUGAAGGAAUAGGAAAAGUUGAAGCUAGUUUUUACUAUGAUAGGUGAUAAUAGUUUAAAGAAAUAGUGAAAAUGAAGAAAAAAAAUGAAGAAUGCUUGAUUGAUGAAAGCCAUAUGAAAUGUUUUUUGUGUUGGGUCUUGAUCGAAAAUAAGGUUUGAUAGUUGCAGGGAUUGAAGCCAGCUUUUGAUGUGAGGCUUGGGGACAACAUGGAAGGGUUUGCUUUUGUGUUUUGGGCAAUAAGUUGGGACUUAGUAGGGGGGGUUUAGUAUUAGUGCGAAGGGUGGUUGCUUUGUUUUGUGAAUUAACUGCCCUUUCCUUCCAUGUAAUUUAGGUCUCGAGCCUCCAAGCUAAUAUAAUAAAAGAAAUAUGUUUUAUAUAUUGUUUUAUC